UCCCAGGACCCCAGCGGGGCGGGGGGCAGGUCUGUCCGAGGCGCGCGGGCCCGCGCGGUGCCGCUCUCCCCUCCACCGGUCCGAGCCGCGGCGCAGGGGAGGCAACGGGGUGUGUCACCGCUCAGGCAACCUUCCACUCUCGUGCAGUAAAUCCCGAAAGCCGGGACUUUUAUGAGGCGGGAGGAGGGCACUGGAGCGGUGCCACUUCAGGGGGCAGGGAGCGAGCUGGAGUUUCUGCUGAGAUUUGUGUAAAUGUAAGAGAAGACCCAGAGUUGAAGCCACCUUCAUUGACCUCUCCCUCUCACCCACAACACUGGCUGCCAGAAGGUCCCCGUGAGGGUCGGGCAGGCAGGAGCUCCGAGCCGUGGGGAGCGCGAGACUGUGGGGAAGGCGCCGAGCUGCACCCCACUAGCCCUGAAGACAAAGGUGGGAUCAGCUCUCACCUCUGUUAGAAACGCGCCUCCUUCGACCUUGCAGAGGACACCACUGAGCUGAGAGGGGUUUUAAGGAGCCCACCCCACAGCCAGGGAGCAGCCCCGGGGGAAGCUGGGGCACCCAGUUCAUUUUCGGAAGACGCCUUGACAGCGUGGGAGUCAACUUUGGAUGAGUAACCCCAGUUGUUUCUUCCUCCAGGAGCAUCUUCCACGUUAUCCCCGAGACCUCUUCUGCGCCUUCGGUCCUCCCCCACCCCUAACAGAAUCUUUGGUCGGGAGCCAGUUUCCUUCGGAACUCCCCUUCCCCAAGCCUUGGGGGUGGGGCGCGGGAUGCGCUGAACACUCUGCCCAGCGCCUCCAACGGGGGAGAGGUUGUAAUUAACCAACCGACUUUGACCUUUGAUCUGCAUGUUCCCCCUGCAUCGCCCCGGGCCCUGUAGGAGAGUGGUGAAAUAAGGGCGGUGAGGGGCCCUGUGAGGGCUGUUGCCUCGGUUUCUGUCCUGAAUAAAUUGUUGGAGACUGUGGGUGUAGUGGUGGCCUGACGACCGUCAGGAUCCUACGGCCUACAGGGCUGGUGGGGUGUUUCACAGCUUAGCCUUAUCUCAAGUGCCUAGGCCCGUAUCUACAGCCUCCUUAAAAGGUCGGAAUGCGCCAGUAGUCCUGAUGACCCCAAUGGGGAAACUGAGACAGAAAGGGAAGUGCGCUGCCUCCACACCCGGAGGCGGAUCAGGGUGUGGGCCCAGGAUUCUGUGUAUAGUUUCUUGCUUCUCCAAGUUCCCUGGGGAGUUAGUGAUCGGUGUUCCACCUCCAGAAGGGCCAUGUGAGGGGGUGAGGGACGCGAGCCCCCUUCCUUGCUCCUGCCUCCUCCCUCACCUGUGUCUGACUUGCUGCUUAGCUGCUCCUUGGGAUCUGAUAAACCGAACUUGGACUGUGUUAAAGGUGAGCGGAGCCUUGCUCGAGACUAGUGUGCUGUUAUUUUUAGUUUUACUUCACAUCCCAAUCAGUAACACAUCAUGUGUUGACUUUUACAAAGGACAAAGGAAUUCCGUUGGUUCAAAUCAUUGACUUCCUUGCAUCCUAGUGAUUUUCCCCAGCACAGUUCUGGUGGCCAUAGUGGGAGUGGCGGGGGAGACCUGCACCAGGGGCUGUCCCAUCAGGGGCACAGGAUGGUCUGUGCCACCUGCCGCUGCUGUCCCGGUGAGGGGAGCCGCUCACUCUGCAGGAUCAUCCCGGAUGUAGGAUGGGGUCUAACCUGGAGGUGCAGGUGACAGUUUGCCAGGGAGAGUCCUGUGGGCUCAAGCAAACAGUAGAAGUCAGAGAGCUUACUUUUGCCUCUCAAAGCCAUGUGGCCCACUAGAGAGUUUUCCCACAGUUUUUGGAAAUGAGAAAGGGAAUGUUCUCGGGCCACGCUCGGGUGCCUCAGAUGGCUAGAGGGUGGGGAGUGUGUUUUGUGGUGGCCUGUCCCCUGACUGGGCCAUUCCAUCACCAGCCGACCGUGACCCUAAGAGCCGGCUGGGCACGUUUCCUUCACCCCACCUCACAGACUCAGCACGUUGUGACUGAGUAAGUAAGCAUUGACCCCAUCCGGUCCCACUGGGAGAGGCACCGGGAGGGCUGGGGAAUGAAGCGUUUGAGGUCUGACCUUCCCGCCAGGGCCCUCUGAGACCCUUAGAGCAGCAAAGAAUGCCUGGAAGGAAAGUGUUUACUGACUGAAGAUCCUGGGCCCCGGCCUGGCAGCUCUGACUCCAGGGCCCCAGUCUGACCAGCACUCCAGCCUCUUCUCUGAGGCACAAUUCUAGAGGUUUCCCACCCUCAGUCCCCUGGGCCUCACUCUCCUCCCAAAGCUGAGGGAAAAGCCCAGAAGUGGGCACAGGGCCUGGAAGGCUGCAGGGGUGGGCAACGGCACCACUCACGCCGGGAGCACUGAAAGGGUUCAUGGUUAAGUUGCCACCUGUUUGGCCCUCGAGCCCCUGCCCUCCAUCUCCCCUGGCAUUUCUCCUUCGUUGUGUCAUUAUUGACUGUGGAGUGCAGGGACUGAUGCUGGUUUCUUGACGAUGAACCCAGGCCCCUGUACCCAGGGGCUAAAUUCCAUCUCCUGGACCUAAGGGGAAGCUCCAGGAACGGGGAGGAACGGGGAUGAAGCGGGGUUCUCCAGGCCCCUGCUGAGAGGAAUCUCAAAAGGCCAGGAAGGCACUGGAGGGCAGACCAGGCCUGGAAGCUGAAUGACAUGCUCCAGCCAUAAGCAUCCUGGGGCCUCUUCCCUACCCCCCAUCAAAACCGCCCCCCCCCCACCUCCCCACUUCAGACGGAGCGUCUGCCGUCCGUUCUGCCAGUUCAGCAGCACAUGCCUACCCCAGGGGGGCAGCCAGGCUGAGGUGCGCGGGACCGGAGCGUCCUCAGCCUGGCUCUGACUAGGCAGUGUGGGCACCUGGGCAGCUCUUUCUGGGCCGAGUUAGAAAGGCUGAGAAAGUCAGCUUUGGGCCCCAGAGUACACAUGUAGGGGCGCGAGGGAGUGGAGUUGGGGAGAGAUUAUGCCUCUGACGGUGAUCAUUCUGAUUCCUGGGAAGUGCUGGCAGUGAGGGACGCGUCUGCCGAGCUCUCCAGGGCAGCAAGGCUGGGAGGGUAGACAGCCAGCCCACGGAUGGGUGCGGUGGGCUAGAUGGGACUCCUAGCUGUCCCACAGGGUGCCGUCACCCAAGCUGCCAGGCUGUUUGUCCCUAGCUUGGGUGACCUGAGGCAGAAUCCUGCCAGACUGUUUGUCCCAGAAAGAGAGCAGGUGAGGCCGAGUCCUCUGGGCACAGGGAGGACGGGAGCAAAGCACGGCCAUUGUUGAUGUCAGGCUUUUCUUUAACUCUCUUCAUGCUCAGCAAGUAUCGUGUGGCGUCCCACAGGGGUGCCAGCCCCGUGCUGCACGGGAGGGAGGGAAGGAAGGACACAAACUCAGUACGGCCCCGCCGGUUGCAGCGUCCACCCUGGUGUGAGGCUGAGGUGCACGGGGUUGGUUAACUUCACUGUGGACGCGGUAUGAGGAACGGUUGGGAAAGGGGGGAAAGAUCCUGCCUGAGAGAAGAACUUGGCGUUCACAGAAUGGAAACGACAGGCUGAGAGAUGGGCCCGUUGUGUUUCCAGGGCUGCCCAGCUCUGCCAGUUGGCUGGCACUGGCUCCCUUUCAGGCCCCUGUUAGCUGACCUGGGGGCCGGAGGAGACGGGCACAGGGGACCCUGCCCUUCCCGAUAAGGGUGCAAGACCGCCUAACGCCAGCCUGGGCUGUGCUGACACACUGGGCUCCCCCGCCGCCCCCCUGCCGCUUCCAGGUCGGCAGCAGCCCCAGCCCGUGGCUAGGUGUCCUCACGUCUGCUUCACCCGCUCUCCCCAGAGAGCCUAGGGCCAGGCCUCGUGCCCAGCCCUGGCCUGAGGCCUUGGAUAGGGUAGGACCUGGCACCCUGUCUGGUAUUUGGGCCAGGAGCUUUCAAUCCAAGAGAGAGGGGACUUGCUGAAGGCCUCGGGUGGGAAGCUGCUCUGGGCCCAAUGCCCACAAUGUCAUCCAGGCGGAGGCAUGUUGAGCCGACAGAAAGGGAACCCGUGCAGCCCCUGAGGGGGUAGGGAGAGGGCCUUGCCACACUCCUCAGCUGCGGGCGGGCGAUGAGUAGCCACAGCGGCCGCCACCUUGCCGGAAACAUCUAAUUAGGGGACAGAGAGUAGCACAAGCAGGGCCCAGCCAGUUCUGCUCGCUGCCGCUCGGUGCCGCCCAGCGAUAGGCGCGGCGGCAGGACCACGCUCCGGGGGUGGCAGGAAGACGGGUUUGGCGGGGCUGGUGGGAUGAGGCAACCGUCCCCACCCUGACGGCCUCACCUGCCCCUCUCUCGGGAAAAGUGGCACAGGGGCAGAGCAGGCAGGCCCGCUCCCUGUCCCCAGUUCCCCAGCACUGUCAUCUCAGGGCUUCUGCGGAACGGGAGAGGCAGGCCUGCGAAACAGUUCCCCCCCUAAACCUGCUUAGGUCCUCAGAACCCUCACCAUGGACCCCACUCUAGUGGAGGCAGGGAGCCAAGGGUGACAACUCGUUUGAGCGCAAACUGGUUAACCCUCACCUGUUGUCACUCUUCCCUCUGCUGCUUCGUGUGCAGGCUCUGAGGCCCAGCUCCAGCUUUUGGGAGCCUUGAUCUCGCUCUCUGAUACUGAAAGACGGAAGCGGGUAGAGGUUCCUGUUUGUCUCUACCUGGAUUGAGAAAUGGAAAUUGUCAUCCAGUUUUGAAUUCUCAGCCAGGAUCUCCAAUAGCUGGUAAUCCGGCAUAAAUUGAAGCCGCCAACACUCUGACACGCCCACCCUCUGGCAGCCCCCAUCCCUGUACACAGACGGCCGUCACUGUGGGAGGAUGGGGGCGGGGGGGGGCCUCUGAGAGCUCCAGCCUGACGUCCAGCCGUCCAGGGCUUGGAGAGAGGCCAGGCCAGGGCCAGGUGCUGGUGAAUCAACUCCCGGAAUGAGGUGGCACGUUAGAGUCCCCGGACGGACAGACAGACGGCGCCAGUGCCAGCAGAACGGGUUUGGGUGGCGGGCAGGCGCAUUCUUCCCGUCAGAACUUUGUUGUGUUUGAAGGGGGCGAGAGCGGAGGCCUCUCCCGAAACUUGGGUGCCUUCAUAUUCGCCCCUUCUCCAUUGGUGUGUCCUCUGCUUCCAGCCUUGCCCGCUGCAUCCUGCCGGGGGCCGCCCCUCCCUGGGACCCCGUCCACUGUCGGGGGCUGCAGGCGCAGGGGCCGCCUUCAUGGUUCUGAGGCCCUAAGUCAACCUGCUGAGUCCCUCUCCCUGAAGCCCACUCAUCCUUUCCUUCCUGUGCCCCUCUUGAUUUUUCCUUCUGAGGCUUGGAAAAUGUCCCUAGCUUAGCCUCUUCGGGAGAAAAAUACUGACCAAACCGUAACAUUAGAUUGUUUGCCUCAGCUCUGGGGGUUUGAGACUUGUCUCCUCUGUGUCACUCGGGAGAGCUCCCCUCCUGUCUAGUCAGGACGAGGGCCAAGCCUCUCCGGCCCUGUUUAGCGUGAGGUGUCUGCCGUGGGGAGCAGCGUGUCAAAGGGCUGCCGGUAUUGCUGGUAUCACUGCAGCUGCCGUGCGAAGGGCGGGAGCCCAGCCCUCAAAGCGCCACAGCGACCAAGCAAGUGAGCGGUCCCUGCUCUGGGCGAGGCUUGCGUAACAGCCGGGCAGGCUGCCCAGGAGACUGUUAGGCUGCAUCCACCUGCUGCUCCCUGACCUCCUCCCUGCCCUGCCCCACCCGGCCUGCUCACCUGCUAAGCUGGGCCAGCGGGAGUGGGGAGCCUGGAGCCCCAAUGAGCUGCAACGUCAGGGACAGACCACCCGGAAGGAGAGAGGGGUUAGGACCACCUGUUCCCCACGGCCAGCAGCUAAAUCUGCCUGGAAGAGAGGCUCAGAGUGGCGCAGACCACCGGGACCCUUCUGGGGCAGGGAUGAGUCCCUGGGUCCAGGGCCUCCAGUGGUGCCCUUUGUCCCUGCAGGAGCGUGGAUGAGGCCUGGAAUCCAGAGGGACUGGCCCAGGUGGGGCAGGCAGACAGCUCGGGAAGAAUAAUUGGCAGGGCAGCUUUGGUCCUCCCAGUUCCGCUAAGACACAGAUUACUCAGCGGGCAGGCCUGUGGGCCGUGGAGCUUGGCUGGCGUCACCUGUAAUUACCUUAAUGGGGUGGGGGGAGGGAGGUGCGGCAUGCAGUGGGCUGGGGGCAGCCCUGCUCUGCCACAUGCCUGCAAGGGGUGGGACGGCGGCUCCACGUUCCAGCCAGCUAACCGCCAGGGAACCUUCCAGAAAUCCCACGCAAUCCCCUUUUCUCCACCAAGCCCCUCACUUGGCUGUUCUUCUCUUCCCAGUCAGCCUAGGCUUCUGCCCACCACAGCCCUACAGGGAGCCAGAGCCAUCAGUGGCCGAACCCCCUUCUUGCCCCCUGGCUUUGGACAUGAGCCUUCGGGACUCCAGCUAUAGUGUGACCCCAGGACCCUGCGUGGUGGCCCAGCUGCCCUCGGAAGACACGAGCCGCCUGGCAGACCCACAGAGCAGGGACCAUGGCUUCCUGCGCACCAAGAUGAAGGUGACUCUGGGGGACACUCCCAGUGGAGACCUGUUCACCUGCCACAUCUGCCGGAAGGCCUUCACGUACCAGCGCAUGCUGAAUCGCCACAUGAAGUGUCACAACGACGUCAAGAGGCACCUCUGCACCUACUGCGGGAAGGGCUUCAAUGACACCUUUGACCUGAAGAGGCACGUGCGCACCCACACUGGCGUGCGGCCCUACAAAUGCAGCCUGUGUGACAAGGCCUUCACGCAGCGCUGCUCUCUGGAGUCUCAUCUCAAGAAGAUCCACGGCGUGCAGCAGAAGUACGCGUACAAGGAGCGGCGGGCCAAGCUGUACGUGUGCGAGGAGUGCGGCUGCACGUCUGAGAGCCAGGAGGGCCACGUCCUGCACCUGAAGGAGCGCCACCCUGACAGCCCGCUGCUGCGCAAGACCUCCAAGAAGGUGGCCGUGGCCUUGCAGGACACCGUCACCUCCCUGCUGCAGAGCAGUCACCACCUCUGAGCAGUGGUGCCCUGACUUGGGCAGCCCCGAGAAGGCGAGGGCCGCCUCCCUGCCGCCCGGCCAGCCCGCCCUCUGCGGCCUCCUGCCGGAGCGCCGGUGACCUGGCGUGGAGCCCGUGGGCACGCAUGCUCGCUCGGGCCGGUGCUGACCUCUGCUCGCAUUUGCGUCGGUGUUUGCGGGGCAGAGGCCGCUCUGAGCCCGGGCAGACAUGUGUAACUGUGGGGCGGGGCGGGGCGGGGCGGGGCGGGGCGGGCCAGGGCUGCCUUCGAUUUGAAGCAGCUCGGGUCCAGAGACAGGACUUCCUUCCCAGAGGAGGUACGUGAGGGCGAUCCUGUCGUCCUCUGCUUUUGGAGCAGCGGGGGGAUAGGGGGCUGCUGGUCCCCCGUGGACGGCAGAGUCAGGCGCCCCGGCAGAGGGCACCCCUGCAAACAACAGCCGUGCAGGAGCUGGCGGCGGCCCGCCCAGCCAUGUUCCUCGCGCUCAGGGCUGCAGGGGCGCUGCAGGGCGCUGCUCUUCGACAGGGAGAUGCACGCGUGUGCACAGCCGUGGACGUGCGCGCACGCGGGAGGCCUUGCCAUAUAUCACCUCAUUUUUAAAAAAUCAACUACAAGGUGCCAAGGAGGUUUUAUUUCCUUUUUUAAAAGAUGACAUAUGUACAGAUAGUAAUAUAUAUUUUUGGUGCCAAUGGCGACUGUUUUAAGAGAGGGUGGAGCUGGCUUUUCUCCUCCCCACGCAGUUCUAUUUAUCCUGGACGUUUCACGCCUCCUCUGCGCCUUGGCUCUGGGGUGGCUGCCCUGACCCACCCCUCAUACCUCCUGAGAUAUUUAACCUAAGACUUUCCUCCAGCCCUGCCUGGAGGAGGCUGUACUGCUCUCUGUUCUCCCUCUUCUGCCGGGACAGCCGUCACAUCUUCUGCUCUUCCCUCCCCGUGUCUCUGCCUCCCUCCCACAUCCUUUGAAGGCAAGUCUCAGGGUGACCGAGAGCCUCCUGAUAACAGACCUUUUGCGGAACAACUCACCAUUCCGGAGAUCUGGGGUGGGGGGUGUCCAGCUGCGGCCGCAGGGGUAAGCCAGUUGGGGUGACGAGUCUGUGAUGCGCCCAGAGUCCACUGCCUGAAGUAACAGCAAGAGUGCGGGGCCAGGCUGCGAGGCCUGCUCUUUUCCUGGGAGAGUCAAAAACCCUAGGACGGGAACAAAAAAAUUGGGACAGAAUAAUAACCAGACAUAUCAGAAACUUCUAGAGGGAGGACAGUAUUAGAUGAUUAACAAGUUACAUUUGUAGCCCUUUUUCUGAAUGUUUGGCAAAUGGCGAGGCUGGGUCUUGCGCACCUAAGGAGGGAGCCACCCCUGGGCUGGUUGGCUCCACCUGAGGGACUCUGCCAGGCUCCCUUGGCUGGGCUGGGCUCCCUGCUAAGAACACGAAAGGGGUGUGGGUCGAAAGGGAACGACGGGCAGGGGCUGGAGCCAGCCUGCCAAAGAACGAGAAGGCACACUCGAAAGAGAACACAGAACAGAGCGGGUGAAGCCGCCCCGUGAAGCCAAAGCCCAGGCGGAACCAGCCUUGGCCUCUCCUGCCCGGAAAGAGCAGCGACUGCACAGUCCCCGGAUGCAGGGAAGGAGCCUUCUCUGACCUCCCUCAGAACGUGUAUGGAUUGUUCUGGAAGACUCUCGUUUUAGUUUACUUUAGAGUCUGUGGGAGCUGCUGUAUUCUGGAAGGUGUAUAGCAUGAACUAACAUUCUCUGGAAGCCUUGUCUUGUUUACAUUUCUGUAUCCCUGUGUUCAUUGCCUGUUCAUUGUUCAUCUCUGUGUUCAUUGCCUAUCUGAGGCAGUCACAAAGCUCUGUGCUGUCUGUUUUAUAACUUGCCCCUCAACUAUCAAAAUAAAGAACUACCAUUUUCUGUG